CAUUACUCUCUGUCGCUCCCCACGGACUUCUAGUUGCCUAUAAUUUUUAAAGAUAACGCAUCUACAGAGUAUACGCGGCCGUGUAUCCGUGCCGAGAAGGCACAGAUUCAAACAUGGUGACCUUAGUAUCAGAAGAGGGUGACUCUGAUAGCAGCAGCAGCAGCAGUGUAGACAACAAUCACUCCAAGACCGUUUGCAAACCCCUCACUGAAAGCCAAAGUCUGCAGUCUGACUCUGAAUUUGAUCAGGAACUCAGCAAGGAAGAUAUUAAAGAACUUUUGAAUACCAAUCCAGCUGAUUUCAAACACUGUAAACUUGUAAUGGAAGGACACGAUCAGGCGUAUGCCAGGCCUCUUGACGAUCCGACGCUCCUUAUCAAAAUCUCUGGAAGAGAAAAUGUGGGCAGGUCUUUUCCUGGAGAUGAAGUCUGUGUAGAGAUCAUAAACGGAGAACAGUGUCCCCAGGAAAGUGAAGUGUUAACAGGGAGGGUUGUCGGACUAAUAAAUAGAGAUGAACACUCCCUAACCUUCAUCUGCAAGAUGGUGGAAGACAGCCCAAAACUUGUUGCACCUAUUAACAAACACAUGACCAGAAUACGGACAGUUCAGACAAAGCCUGACAUGGACAUAGUUGAACUACGACAAUUCAAGAGUGGACGCUGGGUGAAAAAGGAAUUUGUAAAGAUUGCUGAGAAUAAAACGUUGGUAGUCAAGGUUAUAAAAUGGGAAAAUGGCAAAACAUACCCUCUCGGAGUGGUUACAAAAGUAAUUUCAGAGUGUGAUGCUUUGGAUGAAAUGCUGGACAAUGAAUUUGGCUGUAAAGACCCACCUCCACCAUUGAAACUACAAGAUCCUGAAGGCAAUAAGGCUUUAAAAGAGGAGGAUUUGUAUGACUUUAUCACAUUCACCAUUGACCCACCUAAAGCUGAAGACCUGGAUGACGCCAUUAGUGUAAGGGAAAUUAACUGUGAUCUCUAUCAGAUUGGUAUUCACAUUACAGACGUUGCAAGUUGCAUUUCCAAGGAUAGCGAGCAAGACAAAUUCGCUAGACUGCGUGGCAAAACGAUUUACACUCCAGAAAAGGGAGACAUGACCUUUAUGUUCUCAAGAGACCUGAGCAAAGACCACUUGAGUUUGUUGCCUGGAAAGAUUCGGAAAGCCAUAUCCUUACUGGUUGAUGUCGACAAGAAAACAAGUAAUAUAGUUAACAUUGAUUUCGCUGAAACCCUGAUUAGAUCUCACAGACGGAUGUCAUACGAAGAAGCUGACCAAAUUAUUCAGAAGUACUGCUCAGAUGACACUGAGCCUCUGCGGUUCUCUUGCGUGUGUGCUUGUUUAGCUGUCGCUUACCGUUUCUCAGAAGUGCAUCGAAAAUUCAGGCUGGAAGGCGGGUGGCCGUUUGGGAGGCAGGCAGGGCAAAGCCGCUCUCACGCCAUGGUGGAGGAACUAAUGAAUCUCUACAAUAGUGCCGCAGCUGAAAAACUCAUAUCUACAGACGUCACAAGAGAUCUCACACCACUGAGGUGCCACAGAGAGCCGGACCCAGAACAACUGACUCAGUUUAAGAAAAAAUAUGUUGAGCUAAUUCCCAUGUCGCCUAACUUUUCAAAAAUCUAUGAAGUGUGCUCCAAUCCAGAAUAUGACAAUAUGGAGCACAGCGGCAUAUCAUUUAAUAUAUUCACACCCAUAUUUCAAAAGAUGGAAGAGUUUGCACAGAGCAAAGACUAUUACAGUCUGAUGCAGUUAAUUUUUUCAGAUGAAAUCCAUCCCACACUUAUCCCUAUGGUGUGGGAGUUUUGUGACAUUCAGAAGAAAGCCGUCAUUCUUCGGUCAUGCUCCUCAACAGAUUCCAGGUUGGGUCACUAUGAUUUACGGCUGAACACCUACACCUGGGCGUCAUCUCCUAUGAGGCGUUAUCUGGACCUUAUCUUGCAGAGGCUUCUGCACACCAUGCUUUCUAAAGAAAACCUAAGGCAGCCUGACUACACGCAAGUCGAAAUCAAUGGGUUCUGCCAAUCUGGAAUGGAUGCGGAAGAGAAGCAUGGUGCUUUGGUGUUGAAACUAAAUAAGGUUAAUUUUGAAGACAAAGAUGUUGUUAAGCUUGCGGUAGUGAAUCUGCUCACUCCUCAGGGGCAUAAAUUCACAAUAUCGUUCCCACUACAUUCUAAGUUAGAUGUCAUUACCAUCAUGUAUAAGCAUCUUAAAGUUGUGGAUCAACCAAGUUACAGCAUGGAAAAGAACUCCAUGACUCUUCGUUGGAAGAGAAGAGUGUAUUCAUUUGGAGAACUGUUCAAUAAUUCGUAUCCAUUGAAGCCCAUGAAGAAUGUGACACCAGUGUCAAGCGACUUGUGGAAAGGACUGGUAUCUGCUGUGAAACAGCGGGAUUGGGAUAAGAUUGAGCAAUGCCUCCGAGACAUGAAAAAAGGGGAGAAUGAAGAAAAGGACAGGAAAACAAAUGAGGACUGUUCAACAGAACAACUUUAUAAUCCUCAUUAUAAAGAACUAACCAUGGAGCUGAAGCCAGGUACAGUUGUUCAGGUGCAGCUUGGGACUGAACUCAAAGACGGCUUUCCAGUUCCUGUAGUUCAACUUCUCAGUGUUAAUCAAUGUUUUGAAAUCUGUUUGGAGCACACAAGAAACCCUAUUGAUUGUUUUUCCAAAACAGUAUGCAAUGCAUCAAAGCCUUUCUAUGAGAGCUGUGAGGAGUACCAGAACAUCUGGAGCCAACUAUGUCAGAUAGACACUGCUUACAAUGCUUUGGAAGAAAAUAACAGCAUCAUCUUAGAGGGUGUUCGUAUAACCUGGAGUGGAGAUGAAACAAAUCUCCAAGGGUCCUUUAAUCUAACAAAGACUCAGAAAAAACAGUGGUGUCUGGAGUUCGACCUUAGCAACUGCUUUUUGUGCAUCAGACUAAGAGAUCAGAAACCAAAGAAGGUUGAGAAUGAUGCAGAAUAUCUGGAUGGUUCUGAAAUUUUAGACCUACAGGGCUCACUUCCUUUUACAUGGGUUGCACAUGCAGUAACUACCAAACCAAAGAAACAAAAGAGUAGGGACAAUCAAAUUGAAUUUAAGGUCACAAAAAGAUCAAUGCACUACAUCCCACCCAAGGUUUUUGACCAGGGAACAAACUUCACCAUUGAGGUCAUUCCCAAAAAAAUUCCAUAUUUCCUCAGGGAACAUGUGAUUGAAAACUUAAAAUGGGCUAAUGACCUGGUGAAGAAUGUCGCCAUUAAUCAACAACUUGAAGAACUGAAUGCCAAGGCAGAUGAAAAUAUUAAGUUGGACGAUGUGGAUGAAAGCCUGAACCUGCCACAUCUGAAUAAGAGUCAGCAGAAAGCUGUUCAGGAGGCUGUGAAGAAACCUUUUACAGUGAUUCAGGGCCCACCAGGUACAGGGAAAACAGUGGUUGGUAUUCAUAUUGUUUACCAGUUUUUCAAGAAGAACCAAGACUUUCUGGCUUCUUACGAAUCUUCCAAAUUAACCCCUGGUCCGAAACCCAAAAAAAGACCUGCCAUCCUCUACUGCGGACCUUCCAACAAGUCUGUGGACAUUGUUGCAGAGCAGAUGUUGAAACUCAGGGGAGUCCUAAAGCCUCUGAGAAUUUACUGCGACCAGAUGGAAAUGCGUGAAUAUCCAUAUACAGGCAGUGACCUAAAGCUUUCCCGCAGAUCCCUCCGUGAUGAAAAACCAAAAGAAGAGCUUAGGGAUAUUACACUGAUGUACCUUGUUCGUGAACAUGAUCAUCCUUUUUCGGAACGAAUACAGGAACUGAAAAACUUACCAGAGAAUGAAAUAGACACCUACAAGAAAUUGUUGAAGGAAGCUCACAAGCAUGAGAUUCAGAAGUAUGAUGUAGUUCUGUGCACCUGCUCAACAGCACUGAAACCCGAAAUCCUGGCGGUCAUGGAUUUCCAGCAGAUAAUCAUUGAUGAAUGUGCCAUGGCAACAGAACCAGAGGCCUUCAUCCCUUUAGUUUUCCACAGGCCAAGCCAGAUUGUUUUGCUGGGUGAUCACCAACAGAUACGGCCAAUAGUGCAGUGUGCCCUUGUGAAAAAGAUGGGCAUGCAGCAGUCUUUGUUUGAACGCUACAUGGAUCUGGCCAUAAUGUUAGACACACAGUACAGAAUGCAUGAAGAAAUUUGCAGGUUUCCUUCAAAAGAGUUUUAUGAAGACAAACUGAAAACCGGAGCUAAACGAGGACCCCGCUACCUGCUCAACAAGUACGGACUGCCAACAGCGAUUCUGUUUGGCCACGUACAAGGAAAAGAGGACAGUUUAGUGGUAUCUACAAAAGAGGGCAAUGAGAACUCAGUGGCCAACAUUGAGGAGGCAGAGCAGGCUGUCUGUGUGGCAAAUCUGUUGAUUGAACAGGCAGGUGUGGAACCUGAACAUAUUGCAAUUCUGACCCCUUACAACGCACAGGUUUCAGAGAUCAAAAACAUUACAGAGAAGAAUAAGCAUCUUGCAAAUGUCUCUGUUUGCACAGUUAUGAAAAGCCAAGGAAGUGAGUGGCCGUAUGUGAUCGUAUCUACUGUGCGCUCCUGCUCCAUAUCUGAUAUAAAAAGCAACAGACCAAGUAAAGCCUGGCUAGGAAAAAGACUCGGAUUCAUCACUGAUCCAAAUCAGGUCAAUGUCGCUAUAACUCGUGCACAGGAUGGACUGUGCAUUCUGGGUAACAGUACCCUGUUGAGAUGCUGUGAACUUUGGAAAAGACUCCUGGAUCACUAUAACGAAGAACACUGUGUAGUGAAUCCAGCUACUAACAUUAAGGUCCAAAACAGAAUGACAGCAGCCAAAAAAUUAUUUCCCAAAUCCAAACAUCUGACUGUCAGCAGGUCUUAGCAAAAAACAGCGCUGAUAGAGAAAACAAGAUGUGCAGAAGUUAAUACAAGUUAAUUGUUUAAUGCAGUUUGAAAACCCCAGAUAUAUAAUACGGAUCCAGUCUCAAUUUGUUGGGUUACAGUAUGGCUGUAAAGGCUCAGAGAGGAGUGACAGUCUUACUGUAUGUGCUUCACAUGGUACAAGUGUCUGGUAGAUCCUUGCUGUCCCAUUUGCAGAUUAGCUUCUUUGGCCUUCAUUUUCCCCCUUCUGGUGGCCUUUGAGUAGCACAUGCUUCCCUCUGCUCUGAUUGUCUGCAGCUGACAUCUUCAUGUUAGAGCUUACCUUACAGGAUGUCUUUUAGAAAUCUUCCAGUGUUUAUUAUGCAGAUGUAGUGCAUAAGAGCAGCCGCUGCCUGUGGAGGAUGUACAAAGUUUGUUGGGAAUCCAACUGGUUUAAGAAAAGAGUUGUUAGGCAUUCUAACUGACUAAUGUUAUUAAGCAAUUCUGGUGUAUCUUUCCCAUUUUUCUAGUUUCAUGUUGUAAGAUUUAUUCAUUUAUGUUUUGCAUUGCAAUGUUAAAUGACAAGGGACAUUUAGGUAUUGGCAAACCAACACAAUGUCAUGGCAGUUCGUAACUUUUUCAUGUUUUGUCAAAUCGGUGGCUAAAUUGUAUUAAUUCUGUAAAUUUUGGUACAAUCUGCUACACACCAGUGAUGGUUAUGUUUAGGGGUGAUUCAUUCUUACUUUUUCCUAAAAAAAUUUACAUUUUGUACUAUUUCUGUUAUACAAAAUACAUUUUUGUAGGUUAAUUCACUACUCGACAGUUAGAAAUACAAGCACUCAGGUGUGUUCCAUUCAAAACCCCCAAAGAGAAUGUUUUUUAAAUUCCAAUUAAUUUGUAAAUCUAAAUCAAAUUCAAACUGAAGUAGUAAACAGAAGGCAAAAUUGCAAUUACAAUUUA